AUGUCACUUCUCACAUUGAUAGCUCAGGUCGUUGCAGUAGGUUUUGUCACAAGCCUAGUCCUGCUGGUUCUUCGCCCAUCUCGACAUGUGAAGCGAUCCCCAGGCUCGCCAGAGUCGGUCCGCGUGCAUGUCUUGGUACUUGGAGAUAUUGGCCGCUCACCACGAAUGCAAUACCAUGCCCUGAGCAUCGCAAAGCACGGCGGCACGGUUGAUCUGAUUGGCUACGAUGAAUCACCGCUUCAUCCCGACUUGGCGAACAGUCCAAAAGUCAUUGUUCACCCACUGCCGUUGCCUCCUGCCAUCCUGAGGAGCAAGUCGACACCGUUCAUUAUUACCGGGCCACUAAAGGUCCUUUGGCAGAUCUGGAGCCUCUUCUGGAUCCUCAGCUAUCAGACACAACCAGCGAGGUGGCUCUUGGUCCAAAACCCACCAUCCAUCCCGACCCUAUUCGUGUCGCUUGUGGUCUCGAUCCUGCGCAACACGCAUCUGAUGAUCGACUGGCACAAUUACGGCUGGACAAUCCUCGCCGGCACGCGGGGGGCCACUCAUCCCUUCGUCAAGGUCUCCAAGGCGUACGAGUGCCUGCUCGGCCGCAUAGCGCCCACCGCCAAUAUUACCGUCACCCAUGCCAUGGAGAGGCAGCUGAGGGAGGCCCCGUAUGGCGUCAAGUCGCCCAUCCUGACGCUACACGACCGCCCGGCGGCCAUAUUCCAGCCGCUGAAAUCCAUCCCCGACCGCAAAGCCUUCCUGCAGCGCCUGCUGGAGACGAGCGAUCUCGCCGCGAACAUUCUGGCCGGAGAGACCAAGCUGAUCGUCAGCAGCACGAGCUGGACGCCGGAUGAGGACUUCUCGCUACUGCUAGAUGCGCUGGUCGAGUACGCUUCAUCAGAAGGACCACGUCCGAUCAUCGCCAUCAUCACGGGCAAGGGCCCGCAGAAGGCCUAUUACCAGUCCCAGAUCCAAGAGCUGGAGAGGGCAGGAAAGCUGCCCAACAUCAGAAUAUCGACUGCUUGGUUGAGCAUGGAGGAUUACGCCAUGCUGCUCAGCUGCGCCGACUUGGGGAUCUGCCUACACAUGUCGAGCUCGGGUGUCGAUCUGCCCAUGAAGGUUGUGGACAUGUUCGGCUCCGGUCUCCCCGUGGCCGCUUACUCAAAGUACGAAAGUUUUGGGGAGCUGGUCAAGGAGGGACAGAAUGGUUGCGGAUUUGAGACGGCAUCUGAGCUGAGCACGAUUCUCGCCAGGCUGUUCAGCGACAAAGGAGCCGGUGAGCUGCGGACGAUCCGUGGAGGUGCGCAAAGGGAAGGCAGUCUGAGAUGGGACGAGGAAUGGGAUCGCACCCUUGGGCGGAUCCUGGGCGUUAUCGAGUAG